GCUGCCAGCGACAUAUUCAAGGUAAUUCAGAGGUCCGUGGGGCCGGACAGCCUGAGUCUGCUCACCUUCAAAGUGUAUGCAUCACAGAAAAAGGACUCACCUCACAAAACUUCCAUGAGGAUUAAUGAGCUUUCACUCUACUCCGUUCCCGAGGGUCAAUCUAAAUAUGUGGAGAAGCCAAGGACUCAACUUGAAGAAAGCAUCUCACAUCUCAGACAGUAUUGUGAGACAUAUACAAGUUGGUGUCAGGAAAUAUACUCUCAAACUGAGCCCAAAAUGCAAAGUUUGGUUCAGUGGGGAUUAGACAGCUAUGAAUAUCUCCAAAAGGCAGCUUCUGGAUUUCUUCUAAGACUUGUUGUUAUUAGUUUUGCUGGUGUUGUUGGACUCCUUUUGGCCAGAGGUUCAAAAAUAAAGAAGUUGCUGUAUCCACCUAGUUUCAUGGGAUUAGCAGCCUCUCUUUAUUAUCCACAACAAGCCAUCAUAUUUGCCCAGGUCAGUGGGGAAAAAUGAUAUGACUGGGAUUUACGAGGAUACAUAGUCAUAGAAGAUUUGUGGAAGGAGAACUUUCAAAAGCCAGGAAAUGUGAAGAAUUCACCUGGAAAUAAGUAGAAUACUCCAUGCCUUACCCAUUUUAAUCAGUUAUAGGUAAACAU